AUGUUCAUCACACUGAAAUGUCCCAGUGGAGAUGGAGAUACGGAGAUGGAGCAAGUCGCGACACGCGGGGCCAGUCCCGGCCAGGAGCGCAGUCGGAUGCGUCUGGGACGGCGACCGGCUUGUAUAUCAUGCCAGACACGAAAGCUGCGGUGUACUGGCCGCAUAGGGAAUUGCGACCGAUGCAGGGCCAAGUCCAUUGCCUGUGUGUUUCCCUCCGCCCAGGCAAAGACUCCGACAUGGACCAGCCCGUUAGGCCGUCCCAACCCGGCUUCCACGGUCGAGACGGUUGUCGAGCCCCCGAAUCUCUCCAAGUCCCCGAGCCCGCCGGAGGGGGAACGUCCCGGACCCAACUCCGAGUCGCAUCCAGGAGGAGCCCUGUUUGAUGUGAACUUUGAGAAUCUGCUGGUCGAUCUUGAGGAAGUCACUCGGUCCAAUUCGCACAUCCGGGCGACCGACCUGUUGAGUGUGCUGGACCCGCAAAACACCGAGCAGUACGACCCCGAUGGCGGCUUGCCACACGCCAGAAAUCUUCCACGGCCGUUGACGCCGUCCCGACCGACCUUCUCCCUCGACCCGGUGAUGGCCUCCAGCGAGCCCGCCACCGAACCGGUCAUCGGCGAUCUCCUCUUGGACAGCUUUUCCCAUCCCACGUCCAGUGCACCGUCCAACGGCCCCAUGCUGGAGACUGCAAUGGACGCCUCCGCGCUAUGGACGAAAAAUGACGGGUGUUCCUGUAUGUACAACGCCGUGCGCGUGGUCCAGCAGCUCGACGACGACGAUUUCCGCAUCACCACACUGUCCCUGGGCCAAGUGCUGCAGCUGCAGAAAUGGAUCAUCGCGCAAUGCUCGAAACCGCUCGACUGCGUGAACUGCAAGCUGCUCCCCACCGUCCACACCGUGUUGGUGAUCAUCUGCGAUCGGCUGGCCGAGAUGUUCGAGUGCAUCCACAAGCGCAUCAAAAAGGCCAACCAGCGCAUCUCGGGACUGAGCGACUCGAGUGACCAGUCUUCAGCGGGUUCCUCCGACUCCUCGGUGCCCUCUCCCGAGCGCCUGGGCGAGCUCUACUGCACGUCCUCGCGCGGGGCGGCGUCGAAAGCCCAGUGCAACCCGGAGUUAUUUGCCAGCGACUUCCAGUCGAUGUACUCGAGCGAGGAGCAGGUGCACAUCAUUUCCGUGCUGCUGAAACUGCAGGUGAGGAAUUUCCGGGCGCUGCUGAUGCGGGUCGGCAGUGCAAGUCAGAUCACCGGCAGUGAGGCCCGCACGGCCAAGGUGAAGUCGAUCAUCAUUCGACUGAGUCGCGCAGCUUCUGAUAUUGAUGCAUCAUUGCGCGCGGUCUUGCAAUUUUUUGCCGUGAGCCAUCCGUAG